GCCACUGGCUCAGGCAUUACUGACACCCAAAACCUCACGUCCACGCCCCAGCCGGGAUUACUGACACUAGAGCGUCGGUGCGCUAUUGUGGAGAUAGUGGACGACUCUAUAGCUGAGCCCAGGGAGAGCUUCACUGUCGUCCUUGACUCCAGCAUCAACAUAGGCACCAAUGUUGCUGAGGUUCACAUCAUUGACAAUGAUGUGAUAGUGAUAGGUCUGGAGAAGACAGAGUACACUGGCUAUGAAGGGGAGGAUGUCAUGGUGUGUGUGACCGUGGAGGAGGGAGGGGACAUGGACAGUGUUCCGUUUGACUUUGUCAUCACCUCCAUGCCUGACACACCGCUCUCUGCACAACCAUCCUUUGAUUAC